CAUAAAUUGCGUGCAAUUAUAUUGUACAUAAUGUUUAAAUAAUCCCAUUAUUAAGAGAUUAUUGUAUAAUUUACAUUGUGUGCGUUACAACUACUGAAAGAUUUUAAGAUGAUAAAUUCGAUUUAACCAUGCAAAUAGAUAGAAAACUUAGUUUCCUGUUAAUACUUAAUAUUUUUAAUAUUUAUGCCACAAAUAUAUUGGCUUUAUAUUUAUAGGAAAGUUAUCAAAAAAGAAAACAUAUAAACAUUGUAUUGAAUCGACAACUAUCCAAUGUGAUAGAAAUUGCAUUGGAUAUUUUUAAAGUAGCGAAAAGAUAUAUUUCAGAUCAUUUUAUGUCACUUUGCGUAGUAGUAGUAUAAUACAUAAGCUAUAUAUUUUAAUGGAAUUAAUGGAAUCUAUCAUGUUUUAAUAUGUAAUAUUCCUCUCUUUCUCUCUGUUUCUUUUCUUCUGCACAAUACAUACUAAAUCGCAAUACAUACUAAAUUGAAUAAGCAAAAUCAAAACCUUUAGUAACAAGUCUAGGUAGUUCAAUGUAUGCCGUUGCAUGUAAUGCUAUGUUAGAAAACAUAGAGUUCGUAUAUAGAACGCGAAAAUAUGGAAUGUAAAGAAAACUAUAUUAUUUCUUUCUGUAAAUUGAUCUCUUUUAUAAAGUAAUUAAUUAAAUCGUACUGUAAUAUAAUAAUUGAUUAUGUUAUAUGCAUGAUAUUUAUAUUUCAGCAAAUUUUAUCGCGUAUUCUGCUACAUUUCUAUUUCAUAAAAUUCAUUUCUAAACUUGAUAGAUAUGCUUUUACUUUCGAAUAUCUUUUGAAUCUACGAGAUAUAAAAAUGAGAAAAAUGUGUGAACUAAAAUAUUCAGAGAUUUGUAUGAACGUGCAACGUAAUCUGUCUUACUUUUAAUUAUCUCUUUCAUUCUAGCGAUAAUAACUAUAAUACAUGUUUAGGUCUGCGAUAAAGUGAUCACAUAUAUAAUAAAUAAAAGUACAAAUUACAUCGGCAAUAAUAAAUGUACCCUGCUUUGUCAUAUCUUGAGGAAGAAAAAUUACGUGUCCGCCUAAGAAAUAGCGGAACAUUUAUCAUGUUUAUUACUGUCAAUCCAAUAUGUUUCAUUACUUUAUUUCAUAUCGUUCCAUGUCACUUCGCGUAGUACGUAUAAUACAUAAGCUACGCAUUUUAAUGGUGUUAAUGGAAUCCAUCCAUGUUGUAAUAUGUAAUAUAAAUUUUUUAAGAUCGCGUGCAAGGGAAAUGGGUCAAUGAAAUUGACGCAUUAAUCUUUUUAUUUAUGCCGCUUCCUAUACAAUAUCCUAUACAUCGUAUUUGCAUGCAACGUGAUGAAACAUAUCUACGUUUGUUAAUUAAUCCGCAGUAAUUAAAAAUAAUUUACGAUUCCAUUGUGUUUUUUUUUAAUUUGCAUUCGGACAAUGCAACGUUGUCAUUUUUCUUGUUGUUCGGGGCACUUCGAUAUUCUUCUCUUUUCAUAUCAAGUACUAAUGUCAAAGUGAAUAAGAGAUGAGAAUGCUUCCUGUAUUACAGAUGAUGGUGAUAGCGGGUGACGUAUUGAACGUAAGCAUAAGCUCUGAUGUAAAGCAGUACGAUACCGAUUACGUGCCAUAUGACGAACGUCUCGAGACUUACAUCGUACCCGUAAUCUUUUCGCUAAUUCUGGUCGUGGGUGUGAUGGGAAAUGGUAUCUUAGUUCUUAUCUUACUACGUCAUGCCAAUAUGAGAAACAUACCAAAUACUUAUGUGCUAUCUUUAGCGCUGGGCGAUCUAUUGGUAAUUGUGACUUGUGUACCUUUCACGUCUAUUCUUUACACAAUCGAGUCAUGGCCGUGGGGCUUAACUAUCUGUAAACUAUCUGAAUGUGCUAAGGAUAUUUCAAUUGGUGUAUCAGUAUUUACACUGGCAGCCUUGUCAGCUGAAAGAUAUUGCGCCAUUGUGAAUCCAAUUCGUCGUCAUGUAGCGGGUUUGAGUGCAAAACCAUUAACUAUCUUAACAGCAUCCCUUAUCUGGGUUCUAGCAAUUGUUUUAGCUAUGCCCGACGCUCUGUUCUCUUACGUGCCGGUCAUAACGUUGGAAGAAAACCGGAGUAUUCUCAUAUGCAGCCCUUUUCCUGAAGAAUUCGGAAAUGACUAUAAGAAAGGUAUGGUGAUGUUCAAAUUUUUGGUAUAUUAUGCGAUACCAUUGUGCGUGAUAGCUGCUUUCUACCUGGGCAUGGCACGGCACUUAGCAUUAUCUACGAGGAACAUGCCAGGUGAACUUCCCAAUAACGAUCAUCGCAUUGACCAGCUGAGAACGCGUAGGAGGGUGAGCAGGAUGGUGGUAUGCUUCAUAAUCGUAUUUGUGAUUUGCUUUCUACCGUAUCACGUGUUCAUGCUAUGGUUCCACUUCUGCUCCACAUCACAGGAGGACUACGACGAUUUCUGGCACGCCUUCAGGAUAAUCGGCUUUUGCCUCAGUUUCAGUAAUAGCUGUGUUAAUCCCAUUGCGCUCUACUUAAUCAGCCGCACGUUUCGUCAUAGAUUUAACAAAUAUCUAUGCCAUUGUCUACCGUGUCGCUUUGCCAUUUGCGGUGGAAGGCAGAUUGACAGGGGUAGAGUUCGCAGCAACGGUGGUUUCUCUCAGAGGAGUCGAGGUGACAUGCAUGGCACAUUUUACGACAACAGUUUCGGUUCCACUUUUCGAAGACGUACACAGGAAUUCAACUCGACCGCAGUAUUCGAGAUGGGCAGUGUAGAAACGACCAGACCUACCCCAAAUGAAUCAAAUCAGAAAUUACACAAGCUCGAGCACUUUAUAAUGAAGAGAUGUUCAUCGGCACCUUGUUUGGAAGAUGGUGGCGACGGUGUUAAAAGAGUAAAAGGAAUUGAACGAGAUGUGGGUCCAAAUACAAAGGAAUAUCUCGAGUUGGCUUUAACUCGAGUCCUAGAAUUACAACGAGAGAUCAAGGAAGACACAUAUAUCGCAGAAACUGAUAAUGGCAGCAGUGAUCUGGAUGCAUCAGGCAGCGAGGAGGAUUUAACGAAGGAAAUUCUUGCCAAAGUGUUCCAAGAUCUACCGGGAGCAUCCAGCUCGAUCGCUAAAAUAAUGGACAACGAAACACGCUGGGAGACUCAUCGUAUGAAUGUGAUACACAGUAAGAGAAUACAAUUAUUAGGUUUCGAUACUUGUCGGAGGAUGGCUCUCGACUUUAUGAAGAACAUCGUGCGAGAAUCACGAAACAGAUCCGCCUCAUUAGACACCGUUGAACCCGAGUAUCUCGAUUUGCCGUUCCAACGGAACGAACCAUUGCCUUCGGCAGAUGAAAAUCUCGCGAGCGAUCUGCGUAAACGAGAAACAAACGCGGAAGAAACUCGAGCGAGGAUGUUGAAGAGUCUGGAUUUGCAUUUGGCCACCAAACAAAGAGACUAUACAGCCAAAUUAAUGAGAUCGGGUAUAUAGCUCUGCGCAUGACAUCCUCGAGUGAACGAAUCGAAGAAUGGUAAUCUCUGAAUUGUAUGCCUGCAGAGUACGUCCCGCGUUAUCGAUGUUAAUAUAAUGAAAAUUUGAAGCACAUGCUUGCUCUAUUAUGUUUAUGUUCACCAGAGUGCUACUGAUAUUUUCUUUAUGUGAUGGUAACAGUAUUUGUCUAAUCGGUGCGAUUUUUUUUAAAAAGAGCUUUUUAGAAAUAUUGCACAAUUAAUUUUGACAGUAUUAUUAGUUCAUCAUGCAUCGAGUUGACCGAAAUUUAAUAAUUGCAUAAGCAAUCGAGAAUGUAUUUUACUCGAGAAAUCAAAAUUUUUGCUAAAGUCCAGAUUCUUCAACAAUUUUAAUUUUUAAUCAAUCUAUAAUCGAUCUCAAUCGAUUUAUAAUUGAUCUCAACUCAGUAUUUAUAAAAAUCCAUCUAGUCAUAUAUCAUAUCGCUAGUCAUAGCUUGCAUAUUAUUCUGCAAAGCUACUUAAUUAUUUUAUAGAUAUAUAUUAUCGAUAUAUUAUAGUGGCGAGAUUUAUUAUAAAUAAAAUUUUGUGAGCUU